CAUUGACUUGUAAACGCCAAGUCCUGCACUGCAUGUAUUUAUUGUGAUCGAUUCAAACAAGAACAGUUGUAAUAAUACCAUCAACAACAUUAAUCUUAAAUGUUCCUAGACAUCAUUUCAGCUUUCAGAUUCUUUAAAACAGAGGCAAAAGUGCAAUCUUGAACCUUUCCAACCCUCCCCUGGUUCAAAGAACCUGGACUCAUUUUGGCUUCUUAAUUCUCCUAUUUUUCCUCUAUUUUUUUUCACAUAUAUAAAUUUCAAUUUCAUCACAAAAUCUAAACUGGUUCCAAAAGGUGGGAAUUUGAAUGUGGCACUCUGGAUAGCAAAUAAAAAAGCCUGCAUUGACCAAUAGAGGUGGAGAAACAAAUCAAACAAUGUUCUGUUCCAAUGAGUAAUCGUAUUAGUAACGAUAUGGGAGCAGAGAAUACACAGAACUCAAGUUUGCACUCAUUACCUCAUGAAGCAGAGGAUUCACAGUAUAUUCACAAGGUGGGAGUGCCCCCAAAGCCGAGAUUGUUGAAGGAAAUAGCAGAUACAUUGAAAGAAACGUUCUUGCCAGAUGAUCCGUGGCGCCCAUUUAAGAAACAACCACGAAGGAGGAAGUUGGUCCUCGGGCUUCAAGCUCUAUUCCCUAUUCUUGAAUGGGGAAGAGAUUACAAUCUCUCCAAGUUUAAAGGAGACCUUAUUGCUGGCCUCACCAUUGCAAGUCUCUGUAUUCCUCAGGAUAUCGGCUACUCAAAACUUGCACAUCUGGAUCCUCAAUUUGGGUUAUAUAGUAGCUUCAUUCCACCUCUUAUAUAUGCCUUCAUGGGUAGUUCAAGAGACAUCGCCAUAGGACCAGUGGCAGUGGUCUCUCUUUUGCUGGGCACAUUGCUACAAAAUGAACUUGAUCCUGAAACAAACAAACUUGAAUAUCAACGCCUUGCAUUUACUGCAACAUUCUUUGCUGGUGUCACUCAAGCUACACUUGGUUUUUUCAGAUUGGGUUUUCUGAUAGACUUCUUAUCUCAUGCUGCUGUCGUGGGAUUUAUGGCUGGAGCUGCCAUCACUAUUGCCCUCCAACAACUUAAAGGUUUGCUUGGAAUAAAGAAAUUUACUACAAAGACCGAUAUCAUAUCUGUUAUGAAAUCAGUGUUUACCGCGAUGCAUCAUGGAUGGAACUGGCAGACUAUACUCAUUGGAGUAUCCUUCUUACUGUUCCUUUUGUUUGCCAAGUACAUUGGAAAAAAGAACAAAAAGCUAUUUUGGGUGCCUGCAAUUGCCCCACUGCUUUCUGUGAUCAUCUCUACAUUCUUUGUGUACAUCACCCAUGCCGAAAAAGAUGGUGUUCAGAUUGUAAGGCGCAUCAAGAAAGGCGUUAAUCCAUCAUCUAUAGAUCAGAUAUUUUUUACUGGGGACUAUCUUGUCAAAGGUUUUAAGAUUGGCGUUGUGGCAGGCAUGAUUGCUCUAACAGAAGCCGUUGCAAUUGGAAGAACAUUUGCAGCUAUGAAAGAUUAUCAGAUAGAUGGAAACAAAGAAAUGGUAGCACUAGGAACAAUGAAUAUUGUUGGCUCAAUGACAUCAUGUUAUGUUGCUACUGGUUCCUUCUCUCGCUCAGCAGUAAACUACAUGGCAGGCUGUUGCUCAGCAGUCUCUAACAUUGUGAUGUCAGCUGUUGUACUGCUAACUUUGGUAGUGAUAACACCAUUGUUUUACUACACUCCGAAUGCCAUACUUGCCUCCAUCAUUAUAUCCGCCGUUCUAGGACUCAUAGACUUGGAUGCUGUAAUUCUAAUUUGGAAGAUUGAUAAGUUUGAUUUUGUUGCUUGCAUGGGAGCAUUUUUUGGCGUAGUUUUUGCUUCAGUUGAAGUUGGUCUCUUGAUUGCGGUAUCCAUUUCCUUUGCCAAAAUUCUUCUACAAGUGACUAGGCCACGGACAGCAGCUCUUGGCAGGAUCCCCAGGACUAGUGUUUACAGGAACAUGCAGCAAUAUCCAGAAGCAACCAGAGUUCCUGGUGUUCUAAUUAUCAGAGUCGAUUCUGCAAUUUACUUUUCCAAUUCCAACUACAUAAAGGAGAGGAUAUUGAGAUGGAUACUGGACGAGGAAGAAAUGCUGGCUGAACAUAAACAACCCGAAAUUCAAAAUUUAGUACUGGACAUGUCACCUGUGACAGACAUAGACACUAGUGGUAUUCACGCCUUGGAAGAACUGUACAAGAGUCUCCAGAAAAGGUCUAUUCAGCUCAAUCUAGCGAAUCCAGGGCAAGUUGUACUUGACAAAUUACAUGCAUCUGAGUUUGCAAACAUGGUCGGAGAGGACAAGAUCUUCCUAAGAGUUGCAGACGCCAUUGUUAUGUGUGCUCCCAAAUUGGAACAAGUAUAAUAUCAAUGUAUACAUCUAUUUCACAUUACUACAUGCUGUAAGUACAUGAUCAUCAGUUGAUCAUUACCUUUGUACAGUUUCUGAAUACAUGAUCCAAGCUGUACCUAUCAAAAAUUUGCUUCUGAGAUAUUUCCAUGGAAACAAGUUCUACAUGA